CCCACAAUCCACCCGCGUCGAGACGCAUGCGCGGUACGCUACGCGGCCCUGAGGCGUUGGUGCUCGCUCGGUGUCGGUUCUAAAGAUGCGUCGCACCCCGGCAGCAUCAGUACCACCACCGCCGUGCUAAUAUUCGGAAAGCCGAGGAACCGGCGGCGCUGUUUUGUGGUUCGACGGGAGCCGUCGCCCCAGGACGCCGAGAUGGGAGACCAGAAGGAGUCUCUGCGUAAGAUCACCCACACGCUGGCCACCAAGAACGAUGAGAUCUCAAAUUUCGUCUGCAGCCUCAAACAGAGUCUGGAAAACCUGGAGGCCAACUCCACCCAAGUGCAGGAGGACUUGGAGUCCGAGUUCAACUCCCUCCACUCGGUUCUGGACGAGAUGAAGGAGAACAUGUUGACGCGCAUUAAACAGGAACGAGCCAGCCGCACAUACGAGCUGCAGAGUCAGCUGAGCGCCUGUACCAAAGCACUGGAGAGUUCGGAGGAGCUGCUGGAGUUGGCCAAUCACACGCUUUGCUCCUCCGGGAGGGACGGCUUCACGCAGGCGGCCAAAGACAUUAAGGAUAGUGUGACGAUGGCUCCAGCCUUCCGCCUCUCCCUGAAGGCCAAGGCCAGCGACAACAUGAGUCACUUGAUGGUAGACUUCAGCCAGGAGAAGGCCCUGCUGCAGGGUCUCAAGUUUCUUCCAGUCCCGGCCACGCCAGAGAUCCAGAUGUCUGAGUGCCAGGUGUGCGACAACACGGUGACUGUCGUCUGGACGCUAGCGGAGCCCGACAGUAAAAUAGACCACUACAUCCUGGAGCAUCGGCGUACCAACCACGAGGGUCCGCCACGCAUCAGAGAGGACUACCCCUGGAUGGUUGUGGAGGGCAUACGUGAGAUGGAGCACACGCUCACAGGUUUGCGGUUUGACACCCGGUUCAUGACGUUCAGGGUGAGGGCAUGUAACAAGGCCGUGGCAGGAGAUUUCUCUGAACCCGUUACACUUGAAACCCAUGCGUUCACGUUCAAAUUGGACUCGGCGUCGGCCCACCAGAACCUGAAGAUCGAGGACCUUAAUGUGGAGUGGGAUGGCAGCGGAGGAAAGAUCCAGGACAUUCGCAAAGAAAAGACCCGAACCAGCUCACCAAUGCAGUCUCCAGCCAGGUUGGCGCUGAUGUCACCAAAAAGAGCACCGACGGCCCGGCCCAAUAGGGAUCGCUUCACAGCAGAGUCCUACACAGUGCUCGCCGAUACGGCCAUCGACGCUGGCCAGCAGUACUGGGAGGUGCGCUUCGACAAGGAGAGCAAGGCCUUCGCCGUGGGCGUGGCCGUGCGCAGCCUGGGCCGCUUCGACCAGCUGGGGAAGAGCAGCGCCUCCUGGUGCAUCCAUCUGAACAACUGGCUCCAGCAGAGCCUCACCGCCAAGCACAACAACAAGGCCCGGACGCUGGACUGCCCCAUCCCGAGCAGUAUAGGAGUCCACUGUAACUACGACGAAGGCGUGCUCUCCUUCUUCAACGCCAAAACCAAGCAGCUGAUGCACACCUUCAGGACCAAGUUCCAGCAGCCGCUCAUCCCGGCGUUCAUGGUGUGGAACGGCUGCUUCUCUGUGGUGACGGGCCUCCAGGUCCCCAGCGUGGUGCAGAGCGGCCAGAGAAAGAACAGCGGCACCAGCAGCUCCAAUGCCAGCCUCACCUAGACCCCCAACCCCUCACACCUCCAGCCCACCAUCGGCCUCCCGUCCCACCAUCCUGCAUGACUGCAGUUGCUCUCCAUGAGCCCACCACGUUGUCAUGCUGCACACUCGCCGCGCGGGUGCUCUCUUGGCUGUUAUCGCGGGUCCAACUCCGUCCCACGACUUAGCGCUGGCCGCUGCCCUUCUUCUAAAAGCCCGCAUUCACUCUCUCUCUGUGCCUUUCUUCUCAUUUCCACAUUGUCGCUGUGAGAGAGGUAGCCCUCCCCAUUUCACGUUAAAGCAUUUGUCAGUGUCUCCUGUGUUAAUAACAUCUAGCUUAGUGUUACUUAUGCGCCAGUCUAUUUAAUCCAAAUUCAAAACCCACUCUUUGCUAAUGAAUAGAACGUAACACGAACUGAUAUCCUCCUUGUCACACAGUCAAUGAAGAAUCCUACUUUCAUUUUGAAUCGUACGUGACACAGCUUACGCGCUUUUCGGAGCUGUGCAGCUUGCCGCUUUACCAUCUUAACAAUAAUACUAAAGGUUUUAAAUGAUGUUUGAGCUGAGAUGGCUCGGGUAUCUUAUUCAAACGUUCUUUGAUAUUAAGUCAAAACCCCUUUUACACUGAUCCUGCAAAAUAUGACCCGGUAUUUAUCCGCCUUUGACUUUUAAACAAAAACAAACAAUUGUCCAGCUCCGUCGUCAACAAAAACAAAGUCACUGCUUCUCAUCAGUUGUGGGGUGUGGUAAGUAUCAGUAACAACAUUUUGCGAGUGGUACUCACUUGCAGGGCCCGUCAAACAGGUCGUAAUAAAACAUACUGGAUUCAUCUGUCAUUGACUUUUACACGGAAACCAGUGAUAUUCCUUGAACUGUCAACAACAGCAGUCAUCUUCUCAUCAUUUUGAUUUUUUUUUCUCCACCGUAGUAUCAGUCACUUCUUUUACACAAAGAGCUUGCAUAAUGGCUCUAUGGGGGCCGUCACAGAAGACCCAUACUUUUAUCCACCUUUGACUUCUACACUAAACCCAGUAACGUUGCAGCAACUGUGUCAACAACAAAGUCACUGUUCCUUGUUAAAAAAAAAUUUGGGGAAUAGUCAGUAACAUCAUCCUUUUUGUGGGUUACACUUUUACACUGAGGGCCUUCAAAAUGGCCGCAUCGGAGCCAUAGCCAAAAACCCGGCAUUUACACCCGCUUUGACUUUUACACGGAUUCCAGUGAUAUUGCCACACCUUUGUCAUCAACAACAUUCACAUCUCAUCAUUUUCUUUACUUGUAUCAUACAGUCACCACUUAAACACAAAGGGCCUGCAAUACCAUUUGUAACAAAACAUACUGCACUUAUUCACCUUUUGACUUUUACGCGGAACCCAGCGCAAGGGGAAUAUUGUAGCUUUCACACUGACCACGUUCGUAAAUCAUUUCCCAUUGGAAUGAAUGGAAAUGCCAUUAAUCUAUUUGAGACCCCCCCACCCCCCCAAAAAAAAUUUUUUUUAAUGUGUAUUUUAAUGAGGGAAUCUAUAUAUAUAUAUAUAUAUAUAUAUAUAUAUAUAAUCUAUAUAUAUAUAUAUAUAUA